AUGGUGAACCUCGGCUACCUCUCGGACGGCACGCCGAGCGGGGUGGUGGCGCCGGCGACCGACGCGCGCGCGGAGGAGGCACUCGCCGACGCGCGCGUGGAGGAGGUGGCCGUGGACGUAACAGUGCUGGGGGAGGUUGGAGAGUGGAGCGGCGGGAUCGAUCUGCGUCGCGCGGCGGCCACGGGGCGCUCCCGAGCGGCGCGCCGCCCGUCCGUCCAGGCUAUGCUCUCGCCCAAGAUGCAGCGCAGCGUGCGCAUCAACGACAACCAGCUGCUGAUGCUGGCCGAGAAGGCGCGCUACGACCAGCACAUGUGCGGCAGCCUCUACAAGCGCACCUCCGACAACUCCAAGUGGCAGCUGCGGUGGUUCAACCUGUACCAGAACCUUCUGUUCUACUACGAGGCCGAGUCGAGCAGCCGACCGUCCGGGGUGGUGCUGCUGGAGGGAUGCUACUGCGAGCGGCUCAUCACCACCUCCUCCAAGCCCAAGGACUCUGACCCCCAGUACUGUCUGUCCAUCACGUACCGGCGGGAGAACCAGCGCCAGUACGACCUCCGCGCCAACUCGGAGAACGACUGCAAGGCCUGGAUCGACGCCAUCAGGCAGGCCAGCUUCAACAAGCUCCUGCUGCAGAAGGAGGAGCUUGAACAGAAGCACCUUCACCUGCUACAAAUAGUAGAGAGUGAAAAGACAGCUAAGUGGCAGUACACGCAGCAGUGUGAGGAGCUCACCACAGAAAUAAAGAAGCUGCGCAACGAGCUUUGCACGCUGAAGAAGGACUGGCGGUUUCUUCCGCAUCAGCAGUCAGAAGAAAGCGAAGAGUCUGACGAGAUCAAGAAGAUUAAGAAGGUCCAAAGCUUUUUCCGCGGCUGGCUGUGUCGCCGUCGCUGGAAGCAGAUUGUCGAGGAAUAUAUCAAGUCACCACAUGCCGAGAGCAUGCGUAAGCGAAACAGUCUCGUGUUUCGAAUGGUGGAGGCAGAAGAGGAGUACGUGGAGCAGCUCAACAUCCUAGUGACGGGCUUUUUAAGGCCAUUCAAAAUGGCGGCCUCUUCAAAAAUGCCGCCGUGUAGCCACGAAGAUGUCAAUUCGAUAUUCCUUAACUCGGAGACACUGUUAUUUUUGCACCAAAUAUUUUUGAAGGGCCUUUCCGCCCGAAUGGAAAGCUGGCCGACAUUGGUGCUGGAUAACUACCGGCCUAUAUGUGCUCCAUUAGGAGACCUGUUCGACAUGCUGCUACCGAUGCUGAGCAUAUACCAGGAAUAUGUUCGGAACCAUCACUACAGUCUCCAGGUUCUGACGGAAUGCAAGCAGAACGCUCAAUUUUCCACAUUCCUCAGUCGACUGGAGAACAAGUCGAACUGCCAGGGGCGCACGCUGGAGACGUUCCUGACCUACCCCAUGCACCAGAUCCCGCGCUACAUCAUCACGCUGCACGAGCUGCUGGCCCACACGCCCCACAACCACGUGGAGCGUCGCUCGCUGGACGAGGCGCGCAAACAGCUCGAGCAGCUCAGCAGGCAGAUGCACGACGAGGUCAGCGAAACGGAGAACAUCCGGAAGAACCUCGCGAUCGAACGGAUGAUCGUGGAGGGCUGCGACAUCCUGCUGGACGUCAACCAGGUGUUCGUUCGCCAAG